UUCUCUAUUGAGGAGCGGUGUUGUGGUCCACGGAGAAUUCAUCAUCACUUUAAAAGGCACGAGAGAUUUGGCACAGUGGAAGAAAACGCUCGCAGGCGAGCUCGGGUGCGCAGGGAGUGUCUCUUAAUACACCAUCGGGAAACACCAUUUUGCACUUUCCUUCCUGUGCAGAAGACUCGCGAAGAAUUAGAGAAACUUGGACUCUGAAUUAAAGAAACUUACCAUAGUUGGGUUAUUACUUGAUCCGACACUCUCUGACUGUAGCGGUCCGGUGAUGUGGAUGUGGUCAUUACGCACCGAAGCUUUGGCAAAGCUCGAUGUUUGGCUGCAGAACUGGACUUCAAAAGCUUGUCAUUUCUCGAUACCUUCCUCUUAUUUUUUGUCUCAGUAGUCAUAUGACACUAAGUUUUGCUCGGAGUCGGGGUUUUAUGGUGACACUGUCUGCCUACCAGUUGGAGUCGCGUGAUUUGCUGCUAACCCACAACAAAAGAUGAAUGUUUCCCUCUUCAACGUGACCCAGGACGCAAUGUUUAACGGCAGUCAGAGCCUCGCCGGGACCCUGGCAACAUACUCCGGCAACGCAACCGACAGCGUGGUGACCGGCGACGGCGGAGGGUCCCUGGUACUGCUGCAAGACGAGCGCAAACUCUUCGUAAUGCGUGUGGUGCAAAUCGCAGUGCUGUGCGUGUUGUCACUCACUGUAGUGUUCGGUGUAUUUUUUCUUGGGUGCAACCUGAUGAUCAAGUCGGAAAGUAUGAUUAACUUUCUGGUAAGGGACCGGAGACCCUCCAAAGACGUGGAAACUGUCAUGAUUGGGCUCAGCUAGUUCACCUAGAUGGAGAGGUGGAUGGAGAACCGGUAUGGGGAUCUGUUGCACAUUUCGAACAGCAGAUCAAGAUCUACAUCUGCAUGUACUUAUCAAAGUGUGUCCUUGUGACUAA